AUGAAGAAAACGCGCAUAGACACGUCGGUCAGGCUUUCAAUCAGCGCCGGCCGCCGCCAUCGCCGCCGUCUCGUUGAGAACAGCCUCAAUAAUCUGGGCCGAUUCGCGCAAGAAGUGGGCCGUUCCACCUUUCUCGGGCAGGGCCCGCCCACGGCCCAAGAAAUCCUCAGCCCAACUCCCCUCCGCUCCUUCCACCCCGAGCGCGGCCUCCGCAUCUUCCAAGACUCCGACUCCGACGUCACAUGCAAAAAGAGGAAGAGGGAGGACGGGCCGGGCCCCAGCGGGUCAAAACCGGAAUCGGGCCGGAAAAUCGGGCCGCACGCCCAACUCUCACGGGAGUUCCUGAUGAAAAUCGGGCCGAACCCGGUUUUCUUGUUCAAGAAGAGGUUGCAGGCGUCGGACGUGAAGGGGGAUCAGAACCGGCUGUUUGUGAAGGGCGAGGGGAGGAAGAAGAUUGAAGAGGGGUUCUUGACGGAGGAGGAGAGGCGGCGCGUGUGGGACACCGGGAUUGAGUUGUACGGAGUUGUUGAGAGUGGGGAAGAGUACAAGCUGCAAUUGAAGAAAUGGUGGAGUUUGGGACUGACGGUGAUAAAGAGUGGGUGGUGUCAGAUGGUUAAUGAUAAUGGGGUUGAGGCGGGGGAUUGGGUUGAUGUUUGGGGCCGCCGGAGUCCCGGCGGCGGAGGGAGUUUCAGGCUUGCCUUCAAUUUCACCGCCGGAGGAGGCGAAAGGGUUGAGGAGAAUAAUUAA